CAACAUCUCAUUCCAAGUACUGUUAGCCUUUUACAUUGCUUGUUUCAUUCUAUUCUCUUCUUCCGAGUGUUGCAUUUCAUAAAGAAAUAUGGCUUCCACGUUUGCACAAGCCCUUUUUGCAAUGCUGCUAAUUGCUUCAAUGGUAGCAGUUAGCACAGCCAACAAGGAUUGGCAGCAGGGGAACUACACUGGCUGGGGUUUCAACCGUGGUCCAUAUCACCUCAACAAGACAGAAGGACCCAACAAGAUCAUUGUUGGUGGCUCCGAAAAUUGGCAUUAUGGUUUUAACUAUGCAGAUUGGUCUCUGAAAAAUGCCUCAUUUUACGUCCACGACACUCUGGUUUUCAAGUAUGAUCCGCCAAACAACACCACACCUCCUCACAGCGUGUACAUGCUACCAAACCUUUGGAGCUUCAUACACUGCGACUUAAGCAAGGCCAAGAUGGUGGGAAGUCCAACACAAGGAGGUGGAAACGGCUUUGAGUUUGUGCUCAAGAGCUCGCGGCCUUACUACUUUGCUUGUGGCGAGCACAAUGGUACACAUUGUAAAGACGGAAUGAUGAGGUUCUUCGUGUUCCCAAAGCUUCGCGGCUGGCAUUAUUGAGAGUUUGAGAUGUGAAUACAAAACCUUGAUACUUCGUUUCUGGAGAUGGAUUUUUAGUAUUCGAUUAAUUUUUUACCUUUGAGCAAAUAACAAGACUUGGCGUAAAGUUUUGACGUAUUGUGGUUAUUAGCUGAUCAUAAGUUCAUCACCAGUGAUCAUCGCUAGCUUAAUUGACACUUGGUAUACUACAUUUCCUGUAUUUCUUUUCAGUGACAUAUUUAGUUAUAUGUGUGUAUCCAGAAUUUAGUUUGUGUUUCAGCAAGUCUGCAAUUUUUCGAAGAGUUUGAUU